ACUCGGGCGCGCGCACUCGGGGCCGGUGAUGUCUCUCCUCCUCAUAAGAAGCAGGAGUGAGUCCGGUACUCGGCACAUCCCGGGGUGCACGGAGAGCGGUCUACAGAGGUGCAGCUGCUGCCGUGUUUCCAUCGUGUCCGCCGUAUGACUGAGCUGCUGUCUGAACCGUAAACAACAAUAAAGGAAAACAACAAAAACAAAUACAACACACGAAGGUAAGGAUCUCUCUUGUUAUGCUUUAUUUCCAGUAUAGACGCCUGCGGUUGGAUGUAAGCGUUUUGAAGGAUCGGAAACCGUCCAGCAUCGUUUGUCCUCGUGUCUCUCGUGGUUUUUCUUUAAAUCUUACAUUAGUUUGCGUUGACUAAACAAUAUCUUUUAAUCAUUUUACAGUCAGUGAUGGGGGAUUUUUACGUAAAUGUUUAUCAAACCUGUAGUUUCUUAAUCUGCAGCUUCAAUUGACUUGUGUCCUUAUCACACAAUCUACUGUAAGGACUAUUUGUCUCGGUUUCCAUCUGCGCGUAAAAACGCAUCCACCUCACCUCUCACUGACGCUACAAAAGGUGCAAAACUUAUUGAAUGCAGAUGUCUCCCUCCUGGUUUUACCGAUACAAAGAUAACCUGACUUGCAGAAAGAAGAUUGCAGAUCAAAACAGAUUACCAGAAAAUGUGUUUACAAACAACAAAUGGAUAUGGUUUGACAGCGGAAAAUAACAGUCAUGUUGAGGCGAUAAUCAAUUUAACUUUAGCAGUGGCGGUGUUUCCUGCUGUCAUACUUGAAAAUCAGAUCACAGAGGAGUUUAUUGGAUGAAUGGUGAGGAGAAUGAGAAAUGAUAGCAGCGAUUAUCUCUUCUUGACAGCUCAUUGUUGCUCUGCACACCAAAGACACUGUGAAACUGUGCGUCUGUGACAGAAGGAGACAGAGGGAGAGAUAAACGAGGGUAGGAAAGAGAGAGUAAAGUUUGAAAUCUCACCGAUAAAGCAGCUAUUUCAGGUAAAACACCCUGUAAUUGAGCUUUAUUGGUGGGCUCUCAUUAACAAGUUGAUUUUAAUUACGCUGAUUGUGAGUAAAUCAGCAGGAAAGUAUCAGCAGUGAUCACAGGGAGUGAGGAAACAGUGAGCUGACCUGAGGCCAAAACAAAAGAAGAUUUAGUCUUUAAUUAAUUUGAUGACAACAAAAAAAUAACCUGAAGAUACUCUGAGGCUUUAUCAUCUGAAUCUUAAGUGGAAGUUGAUGUUAAAUUUUCUCCUAAAUGUGUCCAUUUUGGAAACAAAUCACUAGUUUUAUCACUGGUGGUAUGACUUGAACACUCAGCUUUAAUCUCUGAAGUUGGAAAAAAAAAGAAAAAUCUUAAAAUUGAAGGAGGUUGAGAUUGCAAAUGGUUGACAUGUUUGCUUGGAAAAUGACUAAAAUUAGACAAAAUUAGAUAUCAAUGUUCAUUUUAUUUGGUUCGUACUGUAUUUCAACAGAUAAAAAAUGUAAUAAAAUAAAACUAUUAUGUCAUUUUCAUGUUACUGUAAAGAUACGGAUCAAGGGUUGCAGUCAUUCCUGAUAUUACAAGAAAAGGCUCCUCAUUCUUUCAGCACUGUACUGCUAUCAUCAAAGGAGAGGUCUCUUUAAGUCUAUCUGCUUUAACUUUGGUUACACACUGUCUAGAAGAAGAGAAGGAACUAUUACUGAUGUCUCUUUAUGACCCUAAAAUAGAAGCUAAUGGUGCAAUGCAAAAAAAGCUGCUGUUCCUGGAGUGUCCACUAGAGGUUGGCCCCAAAAGCCAACGAAACCCCACUGAAUCUAAUGUUAAAAUGCUAAUUUUAGUCUUUAGAAAUAAACAUGUUUACAGUCUGAUAUGAGAACAGUUGUGGGCAUGUGCACCCCAAAUUUAACCGGUUAAAGUUUGAUCUUAAGCAUCAGUUCAGAUAAUAUAAAGGGUUUACAAUAUUUGGUUGCUGCUGACUGAACAGACAGGUGGUGGUUUUGUGGCUGUUUGCGAAAAGGUUAAAAGCCUUUAGGUCAUAUUUUUGCCUGUUGUAAUGCCUUGGUAAGAUGCGAACAGUCACUUUAACAAAGAAAGUGUGAGAAAAUCCUGCUUUCCUAUAACAACGCUGUAAAACAAUCUGAAUGUUCAAGGAUCUACAUAAACAACAGAAAACACUUGAGUAUGCAGUAUCCCCCUCAGCUCCUGUAGCUUGUGCCCUGUACCCCCACCCUGGUUCACUUCCAAACUACAGCCUGUACAGUCAUUUCUUUGACAUUUUUUAUUAUAUUUUUGGUAAAAAGAAAAAAUCAAAAACAGUUGACCCUUUGCAUUUUUUGCCAUUGCACUCUCAGUUGACUAUAGUUCAACUUUUGGGUUGAACUGUGUUAUUUCCUCACUGCUGUCAUGGAUGCUGCCCUCAAGUGACAUUACUUAGGUCAUAAAGGGGGAUUGGCUGUAUUUGGUUCAUUUUAGGUACACAUUCAUACAAGGUCAAAAACAAGAGUUUGAUGGAAAAGAUUCAGAGCCUCCCCUCCAACAUCGAUAAAUCACAGUUUGUCUUAAUUGACUGCACUAGUAAUCUUUCUUUUUUUCCCCCACAAAAGCAACAUUUCUGUUGCUAAACAUCCAUCCGGCCUCCUCUUCUUGAACACCACUCUUUGCCAAGUGUGGCUGCAUCUGUUUGAUCGAGACAACUCUUUCAACAUUGGCAGCCGGUCAAUGCCGCUCGCUUCCACCAGAAGAGGAGGAGGGAAACUUUGGGUUCAUAUAAUGCAUUUACAUGCUUCACUUGAUCGGCUCUACACAGAAGUGUUUCCCCCCCGCUGACCGGUCAAACUGUUCCCAGGCGGAGAUAACAGACCCAGGUGUCCACACAGUGCUGGAAAAGAAGCAGUUUUGUUGCUGGUUUUGUUUGCCAAAGCGGCGUUUGUGUGUUAGAUUCAGCUGGUGUCCUCAUCUGUCCUUCGAUGCCACAGCACUUUGUUCUAAUUAAGACGUGAAAAUAUCCGCUCCCUGCUUUGAUUCCCCUCCUCUCUCUCCUUCUCUCUUUGAAUUACAUCUUAUUCCUCCUCUCCUCACACUUCCUCCCCCUUUCUUCCCCCCUCUUCCUCCUCCUCUUUGUGUCUCUCAUUCUCGCUCCUCUCUGUGGGACGCCUCUUGCUGCAGCUUCUGUGUCUCUCAGCGUUUUUGGAGCUUGCGUCUGUGUGGGUGUCUGGAGGAGGUUUCCCUGCUGUGAGUGUGCAUGCGCUGAUUGAGGAAAGUCUCCAAAUGUGUGUGUGUGUGUGUGUGUGUAAGUGCGUGUGUUUACCAUGGUGCACUCAAUCGCAGGAUGUCGCUGAUGUUUCCAUGCAUCAGUGACAAUGUUCUGGUGUCGCCCCACAUCUGUUGUACCUGCGACCAAAUUACCUCUGAAUCCCUCCUCGUCUCCCGGCUCUCUGCUGCGGCUCACUUGCUGACAGAUGGACCUUCCUUAUGGCUCCUUUUUUUAUCACCCUGUGUUGCUUCCAGGGGCCUUUUGCCAUCCAACACACACCUAAACCCUCCCAGUCGAUGUGUGAAUCCCACCUAUAUUGUUUUGUUAGACAAAGCACUUUUAUAUUGCUGAAGUCGCUGCUAGUGGCCCCGGAGGAAAUGAAGUUUUAUGGCGCUAACUGCGGCUCAGCGGACGUGUUUAUUAUGCAGAGACAUUAAGUGUGAGCUGUAAUUUGGGUGCUUGUUAUUGAGCUGAUAUUUAUGAUAAUUUGGUGGCACAAAGAAGACCCAUCUUACCCAAAAUGAGAGAUAUAAACGUGUGUUUAUGCAUCACAUACUUAGAUUUAUCACUCUGAGACAGGGAGAAGUGGCUCUGUGUGGAGGAAAAUAAAGCCAUUUUGGAGAUUUAUUAACAAGUGUGAGUACACAAACAAGGAAUUUGACUCUGCAUGGAAAUGCACUUGGGAAUGAAUCCAACAAAAGAAGACACUAAACUUCUUCAAAGUUAAUCUUUAAAUAUCUCUUGAUUCUGUUUUAACUCUUGCUACUGAGUGGUGCUUUUCUGAGGAUGAGUUGUGAUGACAAGCAAUAAGGCGUUAGGCGGUGAUAGUACACAACAAAUGGGAACUUUUUACCAGGACAUUGCCCCACCUUUUGGAUGCUAGGCUGACAGACUGGUCAAAAGUGUCCACACUAGUAAAGUUUGCACAUAUCUGAAAAACAGAAACAUGACUUCUCUGAUUUUUGGACAAUUACAUGAUCAUGCUUCACUGAACUUUGACUUGUCAGAGACAACUGUCUAUCAGUAAUAGUUUCCAGAUUCAUUUGCAGAAAAUGAGGCUGCAUGCAGGCUUCUCUGCUGAGCUGUCAUAUAAUCCUUAACAGUGGGGAAAAUCUCUCUGGUACUGCUGAUGUGGAGGGGUAAAGGUCUAUGUAACUGGCAAAAUGGGAUCUUGAUAUUGGCUGAGAGUUUUGUAUGUUCACUAGUCAGCUGUUAUUGACUGUUAUACAUCCUUAAACAUUGGCUGUGAUAUGAAAUCAGGCUUUUAAGGGUUACCUCAAUGCUCAACUUUAACUUUGCAUGUAAAAAAUGUCAUGCAAUGCUCCGUUACUGCAUCUCUUUUAGCUUUGUAGACAAAGAGCAAUACCAAGAGCUAGCUUAACAGCACCUCACCCACCUCUGCACUACAGAACCUGUAUAUGCAUCUUUUUCUGGUCAGCUCACAUGGAAAAGAUUCAGAACUGUCAGGAUUAGAGUGCACAGUGCAGCUCUGAGCAGCAGAGAGCUGAGACACCUGCAGCUCAUCUGAAUCAAAACUGGGUCAAACUGCAUGGAGCUGCAGAACUUUAGUUGCAGUUUUAGCUUGACAAUCGUUAUUUGUUGUUGUUGUUGUUGUUUUUACUGCUGUCCCCUGUCUCUCUCUCACCCUCAUUCUCUACUCUCUUUCCCUCCCUCUCCUUACUCAUUCUCUCUCUUCCCUUCCCCUUAUCUUGUUCUCUCUCUCUCUCUCUCUCCCUGCCCUCUCCCCUCUCUCUCUCUCCCUCUCUCCCCCUAUCUCUCUACAUUCCUCCCCAACCCAGCAGCGGCAUGGUGGCUGUCUGGCAUGAGUCGGGUCCUGCUCAAGGUUUCUGCCUGUUAAAAGGAAGUUUUUUCUUGCCACUGCUACUCAUGUUAGAUGAGAUGGGCCAAAACCCAUCUUAGGUUGGUUCUUAAUCAUCAAACAAUGAGCGUGGUCUAGACCUGCUCUUGUUCUUUGAAAAGCAUCUUGGGAUGACGACUGUUGUGAAUUGGCGCUAUAUAAAUAAAAUUUGAUUUGAUGAUAUUUGCUUUGUGAAUCAAACCUUUAGCCAACAGAAGGGGCGAACUAUGCACAGACAUGUUUUGAACAGCUGAACAGCCUCUUAAUGAACUUACCUUUCAAUUUGCAAUGAACGCACACAUAAGAGAUAAUUCAUAUGCUACAUCGAGUAAUACAUUUGUUUGUUUGUUUUUUUUAUUUGUUUUACCAACCGAUACCCUUUAAACUAGCAGCAGGUUGUUAGCAUUGUCACGAGAAUAAUGUCACAGUGAGUAGAAGACAAAUGGAGAAAUGUUUGUUAAAAAGUACUGAGUAUGACGGUUCUAGAGCAGAUAAGUAAAGAGAUCAGACUUCAUCAUCAUGCAGUGACAGUUUCUCCUCGCUGUUAAACCUAACUAUUCUCUGGACCCUUUAAUCUCAGCAUGUGGCUGAGAGAAAGACAGAGAGAAACCCUCCUGAAGGUGGCCUCUGCCUGAUGUGACAGCCUGUUCGGGGAGUCUUUGUCUGCGGGAUCCUUCUGGCCCUGCCGGUUGCUGUGAGAGAUAAAACAACGGGAGCAGAUGGCUCCUGGAGGUUUGGUGUCACAGCAGGUGAAGCUGAAGGAUGCACACAUGCUGCAGUGUGAUACCAGGGUCGCCUCCUGCUCUGUUUCCUCCAUCCACAGAUCAGGGUCCUCGCUCUGUUAAAUACAUUUUCAUAACAGGAGUGCCGGCUUGCUUUAGGGACAGAACGAUUGAUCACAGAGUGGAGAGAGGUCUCUGAUCUCAUCACUGUUUAAUAAUCCAGCCCUCCAAUACCCCCAACCCCCAUCACCACCACCUUUGCAAUUUCUGCAAGAUUACCUUUCACUUUAUACUUAUUCCUCUCGGCUCUGAUUCAUGUGUCCCUGCUGGCCGUUUCACACACUGACUCUUUGAUUAUAAAAGCUUCUUACACAUGCAUUAACUGUGUUUCUGUCCGAAUAUAAAACUGUGAAGACAUGGAAAACUUCACUUCUCUGGUGCACAAACAUCACAGACAUAAAUGUAAGAUUUCAUAAAUAUUUUGUUUAGUUUUAUCCUCAAAAACCUGAUCUAAUCAGUCAUGCCUCUUUUGGACACCCUCGGCUAUUUUGUGCAUGAGGACCUGUGGAUCUGUAGAUGAGGUGGCAUUCACCUCAGGGUGUUGAUGCUUAGGUGUGAGAUAAACAGAUGCAGUGCAGAGCUGAAGCUGCAGUCUGACAUCCAAACUUGAACUUACUUGAUUGACAGCCUUUUAUUCCUCAGAGCAUCCCCUGGAACAGUCCUCAGCCUUGGCUAUCAGAGCAAAUCAUAUUUUUCAAAAUCAAACAUUCUUAACUGAAUGGGCUCCACAUUCAUCCUGGGUGGAAGAAAAUGUUAAAACCGCUUUUCUACUAAUUUAAUUCAAAGAGGGUCUAAUGUAUACUGCCACUGAGGCGGUUUUAUAAUCGAUUUUCAAGUAAAAACAAUGUCUUCACUUGUUAUGUAGAUAUCAAAUCCAGGUCAGUCUUGUUGAAGACCUUGAAACCUUUGAUAAUUUGCAGCAAGAGUUUGUAUGCUGUGCCAAAUAAGCAACAUCAAAAGUAAAGUUAGUAAGGUAAUGCAUUAAAAUGUGCUGACAUUGUCUUGUGAAGGUACGAGCACAUUGAGAUGCUCACAUAAUGUCUCACUCAGCAAAGCCAGUCUUGAUGUAGACCAGAAGUCACAGUUGCAGUAUAGACUUCUUAUUCAGUUUGCAAGAACCUGUUGUGUAUAAUUAGCUGGAGAUGAUUUAUUCAGGGGUUUAAAAGGCUCAUAAACAUUUAAAUUCUAGCACCACUGCAGCUAUUACAGCCAUUUCCCCCUCUUUUCCUCCCAGUUUCGGUCCCUGUUAAAACGGUGGGUAAUCUCCUCCGGGAUUGAAGCUCGUCAGUUCCAGGCCGCUCGUUUGGCCUCCCCUCGCCUCGGCAGCAGAUGCUCGCCCUGCUGUGCCCCGCCGACAUCACACAGACAUGUAGAAAACAGGCUCUGUGUUGUUCCCGGAGAUUGUUUAUCACACACGAGAGACUAUGGGGCUUAAAACCCGGGAAUGCCACCCAGCGUGCUCCAUUAUCAUCCCCAUCCUUCGUCUCCUCAAAGGACCACCUGUUAGCGGCACAUGACAGUGUGUGUGGGGGGGGGCGACAGACCGCCGCUGAGCUCUGAUAUUCUUCCUCUCUCUUUCUCUUUCUCUCUCUCCUGACGGGUCUAUUCAGGAACAUUUGAUGAGGUUGAUGCUUGAUGACUUCUGCCUCUGUGGAGGUUUCACGCUGAUUUCCUAUAACUGCAAAUUUGGUUUUCUGAAGAUUGACGUUGUUCAAUUUUUUAGCUUCUGCUAAAAAAUUUAACCACUCCAUCUUAUUUGAUUCCAUGUGUUUCUGUUUUUUUGCAAACAUUUUGAGUUUUAAUGUGAGAGGAGAUAAAACAUUCAUGGACCUGCUUCUGAUUUUUUGGGGGUUCAAGAGGCCAAGGAAAAAAAAUCUCACAAAGCUCAAAAUAAUUAUCUCAACACUUGUUCUUCCUUUGCUGUGUAUAAAAAUCAAAACAUUGAAAGCAACAUUUGGCUGCAUUGGCUUUGAAGGGUGUUUGUAAGAAACUUAUUUUUUUAUGUCAGGCAGUAAAAACAUUAAAUCUUUGCAACACAAAUGUCACAGCUAGAGGUGUUGUUUGGCGAAAUUGAAAAUACAAACAGAUAAACCAAAAAGGAGGGUACAGGACUAGGGGACUAGAAGUAAUAUGGAUGCAAACUCUGUGCUUUAUUAGACUGUUUCUCCUGGAAGGCAUCUGCAGAAAUAUUCUGACAAAUGAAGAAAACAGAAAUAUUUAUGAAUGCAGCAGGAUGUCAGUGUGUCUGACCAGAUUUCAAAUGGCUCAUAUUCCUGCAGCCUGUCUGUGCAGACUCUCCAGGUGCACUUAUUGCACGUGUGCAUAGUCCUUCAGGAUAAUGAGUAGAUGCACCAGUGUAUCAGUGAAACAUCGGUAUCUGAAAAUAAUGUGUCAUGCAUCGAUAAAAUGUUGUUCUUUAAAUGGUAUUGGCGCUUAAUUUUCUGAAUCAGUGCAUCUGUAAUAGAAACUUAGUGUUAAGCUGUGCUCCUCAUCUCAUAGCUCUUGUUGACACUGCAGAGAUUUGGGGGGUUGGGGGUGUUGCUUUGGCUCUUUCUCAGCUGGAUGUCCUCCUGGUGAGCUCAGGCUGAUUUUCCCAUCAAUUAAAUGGUAAAAGACUGUCUUUAUAAAGUGCUUUCUCUAGUCUGUUGACCACUCUCCUUUCCUGAGAAGAAUAUUUAUUCUAAUCCAGGGUGGCUGCGAUCAGAUUUUUGGAGAUCAUGGUUCAGUUUGAUAUGAUACAGUUUGAUUUGGUUCAGUGCAUUAAACUUUUGCUUGAUAUAACUGAUAACAAAAUUAAAAGGGAAUUAAAAUAACAUCCCCACUUCACUGAUGACUCCUCUGUAAACAAAGGCCUGAAGCCACAAGCUAGAGGAAAUGUCUCAACAGCAGCCAGUGUGACAUUUGUUAUCGUUUAACAGUAACACAAACAGCGAUCCUCCGACUCAUCUGUAAGGGCAUAAAUUUGCACUUGUUUCAUGACCACAAGACUGUGUAAAAAGUAACACCCCCAAGCUGUGUCCAGCUUCUAUGAAUGGAGAGGCAGUCAAUACGAAGAGUUCAAUGCAGCAGCUGCCAUGUGCUGAAAUGAGGGAUGCUGUAGACACCAGAAUGAGAUAAAUAAGUUUUCUACAGGUGCAAAUGAUGCAAAGCUGCUGUGUGAGUCCCAAACUGACAAAAUGAAACAUUUCUCUGAUUAUUGCAUGUUGUUUCUCAGGGGACAGGACAGUGGAUCGAGUGGGUAACUGGGUCUGAUUUGAACCAGUCCAACCUUAAGGAUGACUGACCCUGUACAUGAGACGCACAAUAAAACCACAGGGCUAAUCUGGAGCUCCUAAAGCUGUUCUUCUGAUAGAUCUACAGUGUGUAACAGAGUCGAUGUGAUUACAUUUGUUAGACAUCGCUCUAUUUCCUGAGCAUCAGCCCACAGCUCAGAGUGGAUGUUUUGUUUUCUUACUGAACGACCCUUUUGGUGGAACACAGUCCAGACUCCCGACAGCAUCAGCACCUCAUGUGUCAAACAGACAGAGCGUAAUCCCGGAUAAGCAGUUUGUGCAUGACAUAGCUGGUGGCACACACACACACACACACACACACACACACACACAGUCGGUGACGGCCUGUGCAGAGAUAAAGGUCUCACCUCAGCAGCCUCCUCACUCUCUUGUUUGCAAACUGCACAGCUGGUCGAACUGCCAGAGGCCGGCUAAACGCGCUCUGCCUUCAAAUCCCCCCGAGACGCUGCCUGCACCCGUGCUGCAAAUUUCCCCUGACAUCACCGGCUUCCUCCUCAUUCAUAAAACACAAACACACGCACGCACACACACACACACACACACACACACAGAGGACCUACUGUCCCACACUGUUUUUAGACACAACUAAAUAACCCACUGUAAACCCAGGGGUGCUUUAAACUGGACAUGUGUGUCAGUGUGAUGACAGAACAGAGACCUCAUCACGCCCCCCUCUCAAACUCUGGACACACACACACACACACACACACACACACACACACACACACACACACACACACACACACACACACACACACACACACACACACACACACACACAGCAGCUCAAUACUCCUUGCUUAUUGAUUUUCUGUAGGCCCAGCUCUGCCGUUUGUCUUUUAACACAAAGGAGCCGCCUGCUUCAGCAACAUACUGCCGUUGUUUGUGUCAGUGACGAUGGAUUGUCUCAUCGUUCUAAAGUAAAAGAUAAAACAAACCAAAUCUGGAUGAAUAUACGACUGUUUGUUAAAACCAUGCAUUUAAAGCAGACAAUAUAAGUUAUGAAACAGAUUAAUACUGUGAAGUGUUAGUUUUAUUAUCCUAAAGUGAAGCUUUCAAGAGCAGCUGUCUCAGUGGGUGUGCGUCUUUCAGCAUCCUGGCUGCCCCUCGUUUUCUGUAAACACUGGUAAACAACCAAGAUGGCUGCUCCCACCACUGGACAGUUUGGUUCUGUCCAGUUGCUUCCAGAUGCACUUUUGCUCCACUCUACUGGGCGUGCUCAGUGAAAGCACAUGCAGUGUUUACGCAUCAUAACAAGCUAAGAUAGCAUAGCUGCCUGCAUGGCUGAAUUAAAGGCAUGGUUGACGCUCAAAGAAGCAGUUGAAAAAAUCUGAGCAGUUGAGGCAGAUUUGAAAAAAACAUUGCACCCCCACACACACAAACCUCUUCCCUCUGUGCUCCAUGAUAACUCUCCCCCAGACCUGUAUCGCCCUCCCCACACCACACCCCCGCUGGCAGAGCAAGAAGCCAGCCAGUAGAAGAUCCUAUGCUAGCUUCAAAUAGGAUUCACCAUGUCGGAUUGCUAGUGACUAGCAGCAGUAAACGCCAGCUCUGCUAGCGAGCACUGUCUGCAGCUGCCUGGACAGCUAACGUGUUGACAUUGUAGAGACUAAUAAGAGUAAUUUAUGUAACAUGUGCCACAAUAAAAGGCUAAAAUUACCUGUUAAACAAAAACUCUGCUGUCUCCGCAUCUGUCUUCAGGCCUAAAUCCUGGCGGAGCUUUCUCCACCACUCGAAGGAUGACCUGAUGUUUAUUCAAGUUAGAUUCCUUGCUUUGUCACAUUUCCUCGCCGACUCCACCUUUUCUUCUGUCGGCUUGUGUUUUCUUAGCCCUUUUGGCAGUGGGGCAAACAGAAGUGGGGUUUUUUGUGUCCUUCUCCAUCACAGCUCCUAUAGUUGAGCUGCUACGCUACUUUUAGCCGCUCAGAGCUCCGAGGAGGGCCGGGAGAGUGGGAGGGGAUGAGUCAGAACUACUGGAGAGGGGUGUGUCGAAUACAACGAGGUGAUUGGAUGGAGAGGCGGAGCAGGAGAUUGACCAAUGGGAGCCGUUAAUGUUUUUGCAACCCUGCACCUGCUAGGGUAAUCGUAUUUUUUUCAUUUUUUUUCCCCCUUCACUUUGUGGAGAUCACACUAUAGGACCAUGAUCGCCAUAUAAACGAGGUUCAUAAUAAUUACCAAUCUCUCCAAUCGUCAACCAUGCCUUUAAGAUUAAGUGAACAAACAGCACGGGCAAACACAGGAAAGUGGUUGAGAUGGUGCAAGUGCUGCGGCUUCAGCUAACCUAUCACAAACUAGAUGGGGUAAGACUUGUCACCUUGGUAACUGGGUAAACAAAUGCUUGUAAGAUGACCAUCACAGUGAUACAUAAGACCAUUUUUGUAAUAACAAAAGUUAUUUAACGCAAUUAAGAUUAUUCUAACACAUUUUAGAGCCGAAACUAAAAUACUGUGAUGCCAUGAAGCUGUAAUACUUAUAUAACAUGAGACAAUCCUAAAGACAAAGUGAAGAAGUGAAAAUCUUUCUGCUCCAGGUUUGUUGUUUGCAGACUCAUCUCUGUCAUUUUAUUACAUUUUUUACUGUGUACUGAUCUUUUAAUGCAGACACACUCUCUCUCUCUCACACACACACAGAACCAUAUUCCAGUUAACUCGCACUCAUAGAUAUGUUGACUUUUGUAAUGAAAGGUAGGGUUGGAGGGCUCUUGAGGCCUGGUGAUGACGGAUGUGUGCAAAGCUGUAUCUCAUACUGAGUCAGGCAUGAAGGUACAGGAGAGUCAUUUCAGAAAACGGAGCCUAAGUGUCUGUCCGUCUCUUUAUCGCCUCUUCAAACCCACAGAGUGCAGAUAAAUGAGUCCACUGAAGAGGUGAGAGUGAUGUCGGCUGAGCUCCAUGGUGGCUGGAUGAAUGAAUAGAGCAGAGCGGUGGUUUCUACAACUGUGUCAGAUAUCUUUUGGAGCUAAAUUAUUCUUUUAAACCAGAAAUUUGUUAGUUUACAGUCUUUUUUUGGAGGUUCUGCAGCAAAAAUUUGAUUUUCUGAGCUCUGAGUUUGCAGUCAUUACAGCAGUUUCUGAAGUUAAAAAAGCAACUGAUUUUGUACAAUCAAGUCCACAAACAUGCUGUACUAAAGAAAUCCACAUCCAGGCAUGCAGCUUUGUAUUCAGUUGUUACCAGGGACAGUGCUUUAGUCCAGUUCCUUAAAUAUGUACAAAGUCAACCUCUAUGUUGACAAUAUAAUCCAGACUCGUUUGUUGCCCUGUUAGCAUUACUUAGAUGUUUGCUCUCCUCCAGCAGGUGGUGUUGGUCUCGAUAGGCAAUGGCGCUCUCCUGGAGUCUCUUCCUGGCAUUCCUGGUGUCCACCCUGGUCCUCUCACACAGCUCUGAAACUGGACCCCCCCACAGCAAGAGGAGACAGACUCAGAUCUCAGCAGGAGGAAGCAACACCCUGCAGCACCCUCUGCACUCUCUGCAGGGACACCGCUACAGCAGGGAACGAGGGGGUCAGGGGGCCCGAGCUGCCAAAGGGGCAGGGCUGCUUUCCCACAGACCCCCUCACCCGCUGGCGAGACCAGAGGAUGACGGGAUGGGUCUGGAGAGUUUGAGUCCGGUGAGGCUGGAGAUGGGCCCGAGCAGAGACAGAGACAGAGAUAGAGUUCGAAUGGGCGUGAAGAGUCAGAGCCAGGCUCGGGAAAACGACCUGCUGGGGACUCGCAAAGGUCGAGGACAUGGGAAUGGGAAUGGACACGGACACGGGCAUCAUUAUGAGCACCACAGACAAGGAAGCCGGCGUGAGAAGGGGCGGCACGGAAAAGGUGAGAUGCUGACAGACCCUCACAAAGUUUGACUACGAAUCAGUUCAAGGACACGUUCAAGAGGGAAGUGUUUACGAUAAAUACUAUAAAGUCAAAAUGGCAACUGUAACUCCUGACAACCACAGCUAAAUCAAAGCUUUACUAAAUCUCAGUUAAUUCAAUAAAAAACACAUUUCACUCCUGCAAAACCCUCCAAAAUAAAAGCCACUAAUUGAUUUGUUGUUAAAUUACCUUUAUUCUAAAACAGCCACUUCAGGAAGUAAGUACCAGGAUAUAAAAUGUAACUGAUUUCAUCCACUUGUAGCUCACAGUUAUAAAAGUAAAGAGCAAUGAGCGUUAAAAAACGGCAUCACCACUCUUGUGCAUUUUAUAACUUGGCAGCACUGACAGCCUUGAGCUGGUAGACUCAAGGGAAGGAGUCUAAAAGUCUGAGAGUUUGAGAGCAGGAUUAGGACUCCUGGACUGAUGAGAAAAGCUUAAAAAUGAUAAAUAUGAACAUCAAUGAAAAAAACAAAUACCAGGAGAGACAGUCUGGCUGAGGAAGAUGGUUUGAUAGAACUGAAAGUGUUUGAUAAAAAACUAAACAGACCUGAGGGUGAAUGUAGUUUGUGGGCAUGACAAAUCAGAACCCUCCUUUUACAUUUUCUGGUCUUUAUAUAUGAAAGUUCAGAGAUGAUGAAAUGAUAUUAUGACCCAUCAUUAAAGGUGUUAUAUCUCCUCUUUCUCUCUGUCCAGUGUUUCUUCCUGAUCCCGAGCUGAGCUCUGCCUUCAGGGACAGAGAUCUGCUCGAUGAUCCUCCCUCCUCCUCCUCUUCCUCUGCUGCCUCCCCCUCCUUUAUCGUGACCCCACCUAGCGACACCCCUUCCCCCAUCAGCGCUGUCUUUGGCUCUGGCUCCUCCAUGGUUACCACGGUGAUGAACGAGCAUCCCCCAACACUGCCCCCGGCCUCCACCAAACCCCAGGUAACCCCAGGGAAGCCCGAGUGCUUUAAUAAAGGGCUGUGCGUCUGUUGUGCCUCGGUGUGAUGCCAGUGUGCAAGGGAAAUAGAGCGAAAAUGGGCCCCAUUACUGCCGUUACGCCGCCACCACAAACCUCAUAGCUCAUCUCGGAAAUGACGGCGUGAGCCUGAUUGUGCGGCUGGUGAAAAAUAUCCUCCAGCAGGCCGAGUUCACACGCUCCCGGUCGUAGUUUGUAUGAUGAAUAAGACCAUGUUCUGUGUAAUGAAACUAAGCCUCUGGGAUCUAAAGUGCACAGGGUCCAUGAUACGUUUCCAAUAACCAUGUUCCUGUUCCUUUAUUAGAAACCACAGUAGAACAAAACCAAUGUGACCACAGAGAGUCCUUUUUGUCAGUUCAAGUGAAAAAAGAAAAACCUGCAGGAGUGCACGAGGCUCUGCUCGCCACCUGUCACAUACAGCCAGCGUGAUGCUCCCACAGUGUGCAUAAACAGCAUUCAUAAGCAGCAGGAAAAUAACACACGUGUUUUCCCAGGCCGCCUUUAAUCCUGGAAGCGUUACAAAUGUAAGACAAGAUGGUACCUGAUGUCAGCAGAUAUUGAACCGGUGCCAACUUCAUGAAAGCUUUAACAUUCAUCACAGCUGCUGUAACUGAAACACAACAGCUUGUAGGGCGUCAGAGGGAAAUAUCAGCCUGACAGGAUCGACCACACUGAUUUGAUUGACAGUUGUUUUGUAGAGGAGGACCGGUCUAAACAACACAACACAGAUGCUGCUGGAACAAAAAAAAUAAAGAAGAAAAUCUCAUUAAAAUUCUUUUUAAAGAGUUUCUAUUGAUUACAGUCUUCAGAAAGAACUCUUUAUCUACACUUAUUGAUCCAUAUGUGGCCUCACCAGCAGCUCACCAAGUCAGGGUACUCAUACGGACUCUGUUUUUACAGUCACAAUUAGAGUUAAGAAUACCCGUGAUGAACAUCUGCCCCCUGUUUGGAUAUUUUACUACCUUUCUAAGGUACUUAAACAAAAAGUACUCUGUGCUUUUAUUGUAUCUUUAGACUAUUUAACAUUUGCAGUUCUGAUUUAUCACAAAAAACACAAACUUCUGCUGUUUUUGGUGGGUUUUUUUGGCCUGUUUUGAAAGCCAAUGACUGACAGCAAGACACCUGUUGCACCUUGUUUACAGUAUGUCUGCUUUUGGUCACUUACAGCCAGUGUUGUAUGAAGUACUAAACAGAUAUACUUGAGUUGAAGUAUAGUUACCUUACCAGAAAAUGACUCAAGUCAAAGUGAAAAUCUCCCAUGAGAAUUCUACUCAAGUUGAAGUCUUAAAGUAUAUCACAUUCUCUCUACUUAAGUAUCAAAAGUACUCAAGUAAAUGUACUACAAGUAAAAAGUCAAAGUCAUAGUAAAAAUAAAUAGAUAUAUUUUUUAUUUUUUGCAAGUGUGUAAGCUAGCUAACUAAUGUUAGCUAAAAAAAACAUUUUCCAGGGAAAAUAAGGCUAACAGUUAAUGUUUAAGUUAGUAAGCGUUAGCUAACCAAACGGCAUGGUGGUCUUACCUUGACAUGUUUUCUGAGGUUGGAGGGGGAAUUUUUGUAUGAAAGGAUUUCCACCUGCCUUGGGGCGCACAGCAGACAUUUCAUUCUGAAUUAAUCCUCCUUAACCUCAGCAUAGCUACACAAAGAGUGGAGGUGAAGCCAUGGAUGUUUGUCAUUCUCUCUUGAGGGGUUCUCUUUAUUUGUGUAAUCAUCACUUGAUGCAGCAGGUGCGGAUUCAGCUGUUUUACGCCAUGCUGCUGCUGCUGCUUGAGGAUUGAACGGUUAGUGUGAAUUCGUCAAUCCGACUACAAGCAGCUGCGGAUGUGUAGCGGAUCGGAUGGUAUCAUAUUUGUGGUGCAGGGAACCAUAUCGCAACGCAAGUUAUCAUAUCAUCUCAAUCUGAGGUAUUCUAAGAUAUCAUGACAUAUCCUAACACAUAAUGAUGUAUCCCUAAUGUUUUUUAAUAUAACAUUACAUAAUCUUCGUACAUAUCGUUAUGUAUUCUUAUAGAUCCCAGUAUCUUUCCUGACAUAUUAUGAAAUAUCCCAACAUCUCCCAUAUCAUGACAUAGCUGAACGUAUCCUGAGAUAUCAUGAGAUAACACACUACAAUGUAUCCUAAUGUUUUUUAAUACAUCAUGACAUAUUCUUACAUACCUUAACAUAUCAUGAUGUAUUCUAAUGUAUCCUAAUAUCUGAUGACGAUUUCGAAUCUAUUAUGACACAUCAUGACAUAUCCAUACAUAUGUUUUAUUCUACUUAAUUCUAAUAUCUCUGCUGACAUAUCAUGAUGUAUCCUAACAUAUUUUAGAUAUCAUGAAAUAGCCUGAUGUGUCCUAACAUAUGAAAUAUCCUUACACAUUUAACAUAUCAUGACAUAUUGUAAUAUAUUGUUUUAUCAGGUCUCAUACCAUAUUGUAUUUUUAGUUGCUACUGGUAUCCCAUCCUUGAUUCCUAGACACAGCUGCCUUUAUAUUGCUGUGCAAAAGAAAAAAAAUAUUUUUUUUUCAAACAAGUUCUGUCUUUAUACUGAAGAGAUAAACAUUUAAAAUUUUAUACUGAAGAGAUUAACAUUUACAUUUCAGCAUACACCAAAAAAGGCAUUUGAUCCAUAUUUCCUGUUUGAGGUUUACAAUGAAGUCAUAGUGGCUUUAUGUGACCUAAGUGGUCAGUCUCUUUAUUUGAUGUCUGGAGAUUAAUCUACUUUAUAUGCUAUUUACAGGAUGUCUGAGCCUCCAGGAGUCUGUGCUUUCUCAGCAGUCAAAUAUUAAUUGACCACAGACAAAAAAAAAAAAACCUUUCCUGAACCUGGUUUAGUGGCUCAGGCGAGUGGUGAGGGUUUCAUAAUUAAUAUUCGAUCCUGCGCUGAUGGUUUAAUGAGCAGCCGAGCACAUGUAGGUAGACCCCUGCAAUUAAUCUAAUUGAUAUUUCCAUAAAGGCUUAUUUCCUGAGGGCAAAAGGAAACUAGUAUGGAUCUGUUCUCAUGAAGAUGUUGGUUGUUGUAUUUUGAUCAAUGUCUUUCCUCAGGAGAUAUUUCAGAGUCCUGCUGAUUUAAUUAUUUUGUCUCAUGUUUUGCUUUUGUUUACUCAAUGUGUGGAAAAUGACAAGUCACAUUUUAUGGCUUUUAUAGCAGAAAAUUAUACCUCAGUGAUACAGCUGAGAGCUUUGUUUAUAGCAAUGCCAUAAAAGACUCAACUGAAUAACAGUUUUUACUGAGGCAGGAUAAUGUGAUUGGAUCAUAUCACAGGUAGAGCUUUAUAAAAAGUUUAUGGAUCUGCCUAAAGGUCUCUGAGUACUUUUAGCGGAAAUCAAACUUUUGAAUGGUUUAUUAUCAAUUUUAUUUUCUUAUAAACCAGCUUUUGAGAGCAGAGUUUAUCUGAUUGGGUUUUCCAUUCCAGUUUUGAUGGUCUUGUAUCUGUUUAAAUGAAAGGUAAGAGUUGACUGAAGGUCAGAGAGUCCACAAAAGUCAGAAAAAAAUGUAUUUUUGUAUGAUUGUAGAUUCCAGAUUUUUCUCUUUUCCGUACAUGUAAAAUAAAGAAACUAUGGACCUGAUCUACUAAGAUCCCUAAUAGUGAAUGCUAAAUUGCAUGUGCAAACUAGAAAAUUGCAUGUGCUAUCAGUGGGUGUGUUGCGGGUGAUCUACUAUCAUUGUGGGCGCAAUUGAUAACAGGUGCAAAAGUGAAGCAGACCACCCUCUUAAAAUGAGGAUUUUGCAUGCGCCAACGGCUGUGACCAUGGAGAGUUUGUGAGAGCAGUGAUCAUAGAUGAAAAAUGAAGAUUGAAGUCAUGGAAUUGCAUAUACCAUUCUGGGGAACUGCAUAAAAGGCAAGCAAGGCAAGUUUACUUGUAUAGCACCAUUCAUACACAAGGCAACUCAAAGUGCUUUAAAAAUACAAGAAAAUAUUUUAGAGAUCAAAAAAGAGAUUAAAACAGUUUUCAUUGUUUAAGUAAUAUGAAAUCGAUUUAAAACCUUUCAAACGUGCUAAAUACAGAUGCAAAACAACGACCGCAAUCGGUUUCUGGAUUUGAUAAAUCACAUUUGGGGUGCUAAAUGAUUUCAUUUACAUCUGCUCCUCUCCAAAUUUUGUGUUUUCUGAUGAUCAACACACAAUCGGCAUAUUCAUUAAAGGCAAACACGCUUAAACGAUUGCAUGCACUGUUUUCCUCAUUUGACAUACGCAAUCCUUGGUGCACCUGGGGGCCAUUCUACGAAGCAAGUUCAACCUAGCAAGGUAGCCUUGGAGCUACCUCGCUCAACUACCUUGCGGUAGCCAGUGGUCUCGCUAGACGGUCGUACGACGCUGGUUAUUAACCUCAUAAGUGGAUCCAGCUUUGCUAUGAGCACGUGCACGCAUGUAAGGCGGAGCCUGCCGCAUCUGACUGACUGCGAACAUGGACCAGUCUGGAGCCUCACAGCAGGCCGGAGAGAGAAGGACCGCAUACUUUACAAACGAGGAGCAGGAGACGAUCAUGAGAAAGUAUAAAGAAUUCAAAUCUAUCAUAAACCUCAAAAGCAACACCGUCGCCGCUGCAAAAGAAAGUAAGGAAUGCUGGCAGAAAAUUGCCGACAGUCUCAAGUAAAGUGCGCAAAACAUCUUUGAUGCCAUUAUCACCCUGAAAUAGCACUGUUCAACAUGCGCUUUUAACAUGCACCAGACAUGUCUAAUUCAUUUCCAAGAUGAGUUCAUUCAUUUGUUCAUUCCUAUCAUGUUUACAUUUUUUAUUUGAUAUGUCGGCCAUAUGAGCCUUUCAUAAAGGUGGUCAUCCGGAAAAGUAAGUGGGUCCGUGCAGUCCUUUGUAAACUCUUGCGCGCUGGAGUGCUCCUCGGACAAUGUGAGCACCGAGGUCUAUAGGAUCCUCCAAGAACGGACAAGCCAUAUUUCGAUAGAGCUCAUUGGUCAGUGGGUGGGGUUUUUAUACUCGGGGAGUUAUAUCUGGAACCUAACCUGCCCCGGAGCAGGUUAGCCGCCCAGUGUACAUUGCCAUGGAGACUCGCCUCGCUAAGAAGUAAACCCAUGUCGUAGAACAGGAAACCCCAAACUUGCCCUCGAAAUUACCUCGCUAAGCAGUAAUCCUGCUUCGUAAAAUAGGCCCCUGGUUAGUAGAUCAGGUUUGCUUGCGCUAUCAUUAUGCACGUGUUUUUGCACACUGGAACCUUUAGUAGAUCAGGCCCAAAGUCUUUCAAGCAAAAUCAAGAUCUUUGAUUGACCAAAAUGAAAUUCUUUGGGUUAAGCUAAAACCUCUACAAAAAAUAAAACAAAGACGAAGUAAAGCAACAACUAGAAAGGCAUAAACUGUUUGCAAAAAAUAGUGGUGGCCAGUGCAAUAAUACCUCAAACCUGCAUUCUUACUUAUGCCCAGAUGAGGGCGACACCACUUUCUAAAAUGAGGCCUUACGGGCAAAACCAUAGACUGUAUAUACUAUGGACAACUUGGUUCCGCCUACCGCCUGUAUACGGAUUUGAAGCCAAAAAGCUCUCGGUAUUUCCGGGAUUUUUCUUCAUUUCCUGAAACCAGCGCUGCGCAGUAGCGAUGUGCGCAUUCGGCCACGCAGUUGCUGAGAGUCACUGUGAUGACGCUCGGCUCAAACAGCGUAUCCCUCCGGGUGAGCUACGCAAUCCCUGAACGCCCAUAGGCUGUAUCAGGUGUGAAUCAUAGAAAACGUGAACCCCCAAAGCUGCACAGAAAAAAGAGGACUUGAGCACAAACCAGUCUUACAAUAACUACAUGUCAACAUCACAAGCAGGGGGGCUUCACCCAGCAAGGAGGCAGACUCUGUCCAUUCUAUAUACAGUCUAUGGGCAAAACCCACAGGGUCUGGAACGGCUCCGCUCUGUAGUCAAUGUGUGUCAUUCCACAGAAUCUGUCCGGUGUCUGGCUCCGCUGCGGAUCGGCUCCGGCGGCUGGAUCAAAUACGCAGGGCUUCUAUUUUUGCCGGAUGCUGGAGCACGGUGCAUCAAUUCAGUGCAGCGCAGCACGGGCAGCAGCAGAAGUUGUAUGUGGUUACAGAGUAAAGUACCCAGUUAAUUUUCAAAAUAAAAUGAAGUCAAUACAUUGAACUGUUCUUAACUUGAUAAUAGAAAAGGCCAGGGUUGUGGGAUGAGGUUGUUUAUAUACACCACUGUUUAUAUACACCGAUCGGCGGAUCUCAUUCUAUGACUCCCGGGGAAACACGCAAGAGCUUGUGAGAUCGUGAGAUCUCAUCCAGUCUUGCGAGAAAUAUCAGUGAUCUUGUGAGCGCUUCUCCACCGACGGCUGCAGCGGAUCGGAUCCGGUAUGUGCUGUAGGCUUGCGGAUCUGAUUGGCUUGUCGGUUUGGAGCGAAGCGGAGUGGAGCCAUUCCGGACCACUUUUUAGUCAGAGGAGGGAUUCGCAUUGAGGACAAUCAUUCUCAGUGCAUCAGAGUUUUUGUCAGUUUUGUCCUUAUUUUGAAUCAAAUACAUGUCAAAUGAGGCGUUAAAGGGGCUUUCUUAGCUGUGGAGUCUGCCUCAAGUGGACACCAAAGGACCUACAGUUUUUUUUUCCUUGCAAUUCUGCAUCAAAAGGAUAAUUCUGUAUUUCUGAAGAGGGGUUGAAUGAGUUACAUUUUACCAGAUAGUUUUAAAGCCACAAUGACUUAACUCAGUCAUCAGAAAACCUAUUUGAGAAUUUCCCCUUGUGGAAUGAAUAAAGGGGAUCUUAUCUUAUCUUGUUAAGCUAAUUUGUUCUACAAAUCACCUGAAUAUUUUUAUUUUUGUUAUUUUUGCACCAGUUUUGCGUAAUGUUAAACACCAAAUGCCUAAGACUACCUGUUGAACACAGUACUGGCCAUAAAGUUUGUCAUUUAGCUCAGUCUCCCCCUUCAGCAGCUAAAACAGUGUAUCUUGAUUACAUAAACAUACUGUGUGGACCAUGACUUGUGUUGUUAUGCAAAUAAUUUGAUUCUGAUUCUCUAAAUUUCUGAUUUUAUUAAAAAACUGCUGCCUAGCUUUUGUGCCGGCUUUCUAGGCAGUUUCUCCUUUAGUUGGCAGAGGUGACCAGCAUAUAUUUGUACUAACACACUUACUAGUGAUAUUAAACUCGUACAACCCUGCCUCAAAAAUAUGAAACAGCCCUGUAUGUCCAUUAAUCAAAGCCAGGGGCAGCAUAAACAACUCUGCUUAAAUAGAAGCAAAAACACUUCCAGUACUUUUUAAAAUAAAGUACCUCACAUAUUUUUGUUUCCUCAAACUGUUAUGAAGCUUAUUCAAAGAAAGAAAGUAAUUGGUUGAUUUUAUUGACAAAUCUGAACAUCUGGCACAACAAAUACUCCACAUACAGUUCAGAAAUGAAAAACAAUCUUCUCUGGUUGAUGCCGGCAGCAGUAGCUGCAGCUGACUUCACUGGUGAGCAAUAAAUCCCGCGGCUGUGUGUAAUGAGCUGUAUGUUUCAAUCUAUAUCUCUGUAUGUUGUUUAUUUAUUAGGAAUAAUAAUGCUUUGACAAACUCUAUUUGUAUUCCAGGCUGUGUGCAGCAGAGCUCUCUGUUACCAAUCGAUUGGUUUUUAAAGCUCUGCCGCUGCUUGCUCUCUGUGCGGGCGUUUUAUGAAUCAAUGAAGCAUUACCGCUGCUCGCCUCAACACAAGGCCGAUGUGUUUCAUUAAGAACACCCUGAAUGUGUUUACCUGCAACACAGAUAGAAAACAGAGUCAACAAAUCAAACCUCAGUCGUCUGCUGCUGCUGCGGUUUAAUUGCCAUAACUGAACAUUAAUCAGAGGAGACAGGAUUGAUCUCUCUGAUGGAUUCUCGGGAUUGUGUGAAAUUCAGGAUUACUUUUUAAUACACAUCUUCAUAUUCUUAUCACAUUUUUGUUUGGAAACGUAAAUAAAGAAGACAGGUGGGACUCUCACAGCGGGAUGAAACUAAUCUGAGAUGGGAUAAGGUGUUUACAAAUCUGCAUAUCAGCAUGUUUGAGUCCCCUGGUUUGGAUUUCUUAUAUAAGAUGUGAGUUAAGAUGGUAUGCAAAUGUUCUUGCUGAAAUAUAGAUCACACAGUCAUUAAAAGUAAAACCAGGCUUAAGUUGUUUGUCUAUUUCAGAGAUCUGGACGAGGGAAGGGACAAGGAGAGGUGAUGCCAACAUUGGACAUGGCGCUCUUUGAUUGGACUGACUACGAGGACAUGAAACCUGCAGACACCUGGCCAUCAUCCAGGAAGAAAGGUCAGUAAUCAGCUCAUAAUCUGAGAACAAUGAUGGUGUUUGUGAUGUUGAGGACUGAGGACAUGAUCCCAGCAAGAUUAAAGCCAGAUCCAGCAGACGCACUGUAUCGAUUGGUGAAUCAAGGCCUCACAAUCUCUUUAGUGAUUUGGAGUCAUCUAGCCCUCUUACUCUUCCCUCCAACAUCAUCACGUUGGUCAUGAUCACGGCUCUGUGAUCACCUAAUUGUCACAGCCAGUGUUGGGUAAAGUCCCUGAUAAAAGUUGUUUCCUUCAAUACAAGAUUACUGCUGUUAAAUAGUAAUGCACUGCAACCCAUGCAUCAACACAGAAGCCGGAUUCCUGUUCUCUCCACUGGGUUUGGGGACUUACUUGCACCUAACCCAUGUCUGGCCUCUUCCUCUGUUUGAUGCUGCAGAUAAAAGGCGGAGUAAGAACCUGAGCAGUGGAAAUGUGACUGUAGACGCCGAUGCCAUUGAGCCCUGUGAUCAUCACCUCGACUGUCUGCCAGGUCAGUCAACAUCACACGGCUUUAUCUGGACCACAGCGUGUCGUGCUGCACAGAACAAAACUUCCAAGACAUAGUUUAAGGACCCAUAUAACAGCUUCUCAGUGUUUCGAAAUACAUCCAGAAAGAUCUUAUGAAUCAAAAGAGGACUGCAUCGCCACACAAGCCUCUAGGGCCUGUGCACACUAACAGUGUUUUUGCAUUGGACACCUCAGAUUCAGUUAGCUUCUUCAGGUUUGAUUUAAACUGGUCCAUGUGCUUCAUGUUUGUUUUUAUUCUGGGAAAUUUUGUCAAGAAACAUGGAGUCAUGACUCAAAGUCAGCAGGAGGUCUAGACUAGGGAACUAUACCUUGGACAAAUGAGUCAGGCCCCUCCAUCAUUAUUUAUGUCUGAAUGGAUAUCAGAGGUUGUGCCCUUUUUAUUUUUAAAUUAAUUAAAUUUUAAAACAAAUAUUUGGGUAUGUUUUUGCCGUCUGAUUAGAGGCAGAACAUGUGGGGAGUAGAGGGCUGACGUGCAGCAAAUAGUCAGGGCCUGUGACCACUACACAAGGACUACAGCUUACAUGCAUGGGGUACUCUCUUAAAUCACUAAGCUUGACUUGUGUCCCCUGCUUCUUCCUAAUUUUGAUUAGUCAGUAAAGGAUAAGACGAGCUUGCAACUCAAAGUGCUGUGAGCAUAGUGACAAAAAACAGCAGCCCAAAAGCAUUAUUAUAUGCUGGUAACACUGAGCUCUAAAAUUGCCUGUAGUGGACAUCGGCACUAAAUCGCCUGGGAGGGACUUUCAUUUUGUGCCAAUUUAGGCGUCCUAUGUACCAUCACUGAUUUCAAACUGAUCCCCCCUCCUUUUUAUAAUAAUGAAAACCACAGUGAGAGAUACAAAGAUGAAAUAAAAUAAAAUAAGCUAAGAAAAAUGGACCCCGUGAAUUGGUUCAUCAUCUUGUAGGCCCCGGUUGCUCAGAGUGAAGGGCUGACAGUAGAUAGAUAGAACUACAGCAGGCUUGUCAUGUGUAUUCAUUUUUCUGUGUUUCCAUCAUUCAAAUGGUGAGAUCAGGCUGGUUGGGCUAACAAAGUUUUGCUUUCUUUUUCUGUUCAGGUUCCUGUUGUGACCUACGACAACAUGAGUGUAAACCUCACAACAGAGGACUCAAUAACAAAUGCUAUGAUGACUGCAUGUGUGAGGAAGGUGAGUCAAGAAACCCACGGUCAAACAGUGCUCUGUACAUUUGGAUGAUUUAUCACAAGUUCACAAGGAGAGAUGUGAUUGGAAGACAGUUGCUCUCUGGCAGAGAGUUUGAUAAAAACACUGAUAUAACUUAAAUAUCUGAACUGUUAAUAUGAAACUUCAGCCACUGAACUGUCUGAACAGUUGCCAGGCAACCAACAAAUAAUCUUGGAAAUUGCUGUUAGCUGCGAAGAGUUUAGCAGUGAAGGCUGAGUAGUAAAAGGACUUGGCCUUUGUUGCUGAAAUGAGGGUGCGUCAGAUAACUGGUUCUUUGUGACCCUCAGGCUUUCGCUGUUACGCCAAAUUCCACCGGAAGCGGCGUGUGACCAGGCGGAGGGGCCGCUGUGUGGUGCCAGAGUCAGUCAGCAGUGACCAAGGAGGCUUCAUCACCAUCUGAAGAGGAGGAGGAGGAGGAGUCUGAAGAAGGAAGAAAAACUGGAAAAAUGGACCCCAUGACAUUUGAUGAUUCAGCCAAGACAUCACAUGAUGACAGCCUGCUGUUACUUCUAAUUGAUCCCACAUUGUGAAGCAUUUAAAAGUAAUCUCAUGUGCAGUUAGAUUGAAAGUUUACAUGAGUGGAAACACUGUUUGGAUGUUUCAGUCACAACAUUUAAUCCAGAUAAUCAUGUUUUACAAGCUCUGUUGAAAUCCACUCAUCAGGUUUAAACUUACUUUGGUUCCUUUAGUCCCUUAAACAUACAGGUCAUUAAUAUGAGCUGACGAAGGGGGCAUUUUAAAACCCACUCAGUCAACAAGGACAUGUUUAGGAAAAAGUUUUUAUUUGAUUUAAACUGGCAUGAAAGAUUCACAUGACAAGACCUUUCAAAUGUCCGUCAUAUCUGAUCGUCUCCGUCCUGCUUAUAUAAGUCGAAUAAUGUUUACAAAGGAUUUUUAGUAUUGUGUUACUGUUAUCAGGGGUCUUUGACCACUUUAGGAACUUUUUAUUUCCGAGGAAGCUACCAGACAUGAAGCUGAAUUUCUUUAAACCUUUUUUUGUUUGGGAUGUUUGUUCCUUGAACAUUACGUCUGAAAUCUGUUUGAAGCCAGUCUGCUGUCCUGUACUGUAAAUAUAAAUGUGUUUGAACUUUUUAUUCUUUGACUUGACUUCUCUUCAAAUGUACUUCAAUGGUAGAAUGAUAACAUGUCCCGAUGAUGAUUAUUUAUACCGUACAUAAACAUGUUUGUCCUUAUACUGUGUUUUUCUUUUCCUUUCUUUUUUUUUUGUCGUUGUUUUGAUGAAUAAACACUUAGGAUAAAC